UAUUGUUUCCUGAAGGUGAAAUCUCAGCUAGAAGAAAAAGAAGGGAAAACAUUUGAUGUCUUCACUGCAGUGGAGUUUAAAACUCAGGUGGUUGCUGGAACAAACUUCUUCAUCAAGGUCCAUGUUGGCAAUGAUGAGUUUGUGCACCUGCGGGUGUUCAGAAGCCUUCCUCACGAGAAUAAGCCGCUGAGUCUCCACAGUUACCAGAGCAGCAAGACGAAGCAUGACGAACUGGCUUUUUUCUAGCAAGCUUAUCUUGUGCAUUUUCCUAAUGGUUUCUUAUGUGCAUUUUCCGUAGGCUGCAAAAUGUUGAUUCCUGUGCCAACAAAGGCGAAAAGAAAGUGUCUUUUUUUAAAAACUUAAUGCUGGAAAGAAAUCCAUUGCUUUUAUGCCGUUCCCUUCCUGUGCAAUGCCUAAAUUUCAGAGUCACGUGGCUCUCCUUUCACCUACUCUAAUGCAAGCCCAGGUAGCUGCACUGACCUCAGUGCAGCUUCACCAGAAUACCGUGGCUGAGUCCUGUUUGUGGACUAACUUGCCCUGGAAAUUGAGAGGGGAGUAAGAGUCAUGUGUUUACAGCAAGGAGCAAGAGGAAAACCUGAAUCUUUGCAGUGCUGUUUUGCAACUGCGAGUACAUCUGUAGCUUUAAAUUGUACUGUGUAUUUUACUAGCAAAGAUCUGAAGAGAGACUUGAGCUGAAGUGAUUUUGAAAGCAAGAGAAGGAGGAGGAUUACAGUCUUUUGAAGCAAACAUGCCCUUGGUAAUCAUGUUUCUCCUGUUGCAGCAGUAGGAUAUAAUGUCCAAUAGAGGGUGUCCAAGUUUAAAAAAAAAAAAACAACUUGCUUAUUUUCUCUGUCCUAAGGAAAAGUCCUGGAAAGGAACUUAAGCUGGACAAGCAUUUCUGCAUUAAUAACAUGCAUUAAUAACAAUAAAUAUUUCUC